AAUACUCUAUUCGUUCUAAAAUAUUGUUACUUAUUUACUUCAUAUUAAACAAUUUUUUGUUUCGUAGCUUAAUUUCGUUAGUUAUUUAUUAAAAUAAUAAUGACAUAUCAUGUAUAGUUUUAAAGAAUACUUUGUGUAUUUUUAAAUUAUAAAGACCAUAAUUUUUAUUUUUAAAAAAUAAAAAUAAAAAUAAAUUCAAUUAUGUACGUGACCAUAGGUUUGGGAAGGAGGGAUUAUAUAUAACAAACACACAUGUCACAUGGGGUUGGCCAAGGGAAUAUCACAUUAUCACUGUACAGAUUCGACUUGCCUUUUCGUGCUCAAAUAAAAUGGGAAAUGUCAAUGGGAGAGAAGACGACGACGACGCCAAUGGCCACAGUCCGCCCGGAGCUGAAGAGACCGCCGGCGGCGUUCGUGACGGCGCGGCGCAGGAUGGCGCGCAGUUGGACGGCGAGUUCAUGGGCCAGUCUCCCCCUUCCAGCCCUAGGGCAUCUCGCUCCCCUCUGAUGUUCCGACCUCAGAUGCCUGUGGUUCCUCUACAAAGACCAGAUGAGUUGAACAUCCCAACCCCUCCAUGGGUGCAAACGGCAUCUGGAUUUGAUGAUACACUCGAUGAGCAAAGAAUUCCAACUGUAAUAAUCUGGAGCCGUGGCGGCAACGAAGUUUCUGUGGAGGGAUCUUGGGACGAUUGGAAAACAAGGAAGCCUUUGCAGAGGUCGGGAAAAGAUUUUACCAUCAUGAAAGUGCUCCCUUCUGGAGUUUAUCGGUACAGAUUUAUAGUUGAUGGACAGUGGAGGUAUUCCCCAGAUGUGGCUUUUGUCACCGAUGAAGCUGGAAAUUAUUACAACGUCUUGGACUUGCAGGAUUACGUCCCAGAAGACAUAGAGAGCAUAUCUGGUUUCGAGCCACCACUAUCCCCAGACUCAUCAUACAGCAACCCACAGCUUGGAGGCGACGACUACGCCAAGGAACCACCAUUGGUGCCCCCACAUCUGCAGCUGACACUGCUUAACGUCCCGUCAUCUCAGUCCGAAAUCCCGCCUCCAUUCUCAAGGCCUCAGCACGUCGUCCUCAACCACCUCUACAUGCAGAGGGGCAGAAGCAGCACCACCCCGUCCGUGGUCGCUCUCGGCUCUACCCACCGCUUCCUCUCCAAAUACGUGACCGUUGUUCUCUACAAGUCCAUCGACAGAUGAUAUAUGAUUUUUUAAAGAUGAUGAUUAUAAUAAUAAUACUCCCUCCACCCCACCCCCCCCCCAAAAAAAAAUAAAAGAAGACUCCUUAU